GCGCCGUGUCUGUUUGAAACAAGAGCGGAUCAAAUACAAUACAAUACAAUACAAUACAAUUUUCGGCAAUCGCGCCCCUGUCUAGGUCAUUUAUCGCUCUUCAACAAUCUUAUGACUUCUAGCCGGUGCCCUCGUGAAAAACCAAAAUGAACGAGUGGUCUUGGAAGCUCAGCUUUCACUACUUAGAAAGAUACUCUAUUCCUACCUGAUUCUUGUUGUAAAGGCGGCGCAACAGUACGCACUAAUAAAGGCAAAGGACCUCUACAAGCACGCGUUGUGAGAACUGCCUGCUACGAGCUUUUACUUUGUCCCUACCUUUUUUUUGCACGAACAAAAAUGAACAU